UCAAGAAAUCUUUUGAAUUUGUUCUCAGUCGAAUUUAUAAUGUAAUUACUAUUUUUAGCAUGUUCCAUUCAUCUUGUUUAAAUAGAUCUUAUUUAAAACUACGCAUGUACAGAAUAUUAUAGUAUGCUAAUAUUACUACUUGUAAAAGUCUAAGAGAAAUAGUAAACUCAUGAAUAAUCGCAAUAAUAAAUGCAAUUAACUGUUUUACCUAAUUAAUACUACACAGGAUGUAGGGAGACGAAGAGCAGGGUGAAGGUGGGGGGGGAGGUAGGGGAGGGUUUAGGACGGCGAAGGGGUUGAGGCAAGGGUGCCCCCUGAGUCCGACGCUCUUCAAUUUGUUAAUAGCGGAUGUGGAAGAGGAGAUGAGGAAAGGAAGAUGGGGAGGGGUGGAGGUAGGGGGGAGGAGAGUGUGUGCGCUGGCGUAUGCGGAUGACCUGGUGAUGGUGGCGAAGGACGAGGAAGAGAUGGGGAGUAUGAUUAGGCGGCUCGAAGGGUACCUGGAUAGAAAGAGGUUGGAGGUUAAUGUGGAGAAAACGAAGGUGGUAAGGUUUAGGAAGGGGGGAGGAAGGGAGAGGAAGGUGGAGUGGAGGUGGAAGGGGAAAAGGAUAGAGGAGGUGAAGGAGUUUAAGUACCUGGGGUACGUGUUCAGGAGGAACGGGGGUCAGGAGGCGCAGGUUAGGGAUAGGGUGAGAAAGGCGGGGGUGGUAAUGAGGCAGGCAUGGGGAAUCGGGAAAAGGAAGUUUGAGAGGGACUGGGGAAGGAGGAUGUGGCUGUUCGACACGUUGGUCUGGACGGUGGCGGGAUAUGGGGCAGAGAUUUGGGGGUGGAGGGAGAGGGAGGAGAUGGAGAGGAUGCAGGAGAGGUAUAUAAGGUGGUCAUUGGGGGUGGACUGGAGGACGCCAGGAUAUAUGGUAAGGGAGGAGACGAAGAGGAAAAAGUUGAGGACGUGGGCGGGGGGAAGGGCAGGGAGAUAUGAGGAGAAACUGAGUAGGGGAGAGGGAGGGGAGUUGGCUAGGUGGUGCCUGGAAGAGAUAAGGGAAAGGGGAAGGGAAGGGGGAGAGGAAUUGUCGGCGUGGGAGAGAGACAGGUUGGGGUGUAGAGGGUUGGGAGGAUUGAGGGGAGGAGAGGGAGGGGCAAGUGGGCGAGCGGGCUGGGAGGGAUGGGAGGAGGAAGAUGGGAGGAGGCAGGAAGAGGAGAGAUGGGGAAAAGUGGUGCAGUCGAGGUAUAAUAGGUGGUACAGGGAGUUGGUGGGACGGGAGUUACCGGGGUACCUGAAGGCAGGGUGGGGAGAAGUGAGGUAUGGAAGGCUAGCUAGGUAUAGGAUGGGGAACGAGAUGAGGGGGGGGAGGUACUGGGGGGAUGAGGAAGAGAGGAGAUGUAGGGUAUGUGGUUGGGAGGAGGAGACAUGGGAGCACGUUUUGGAGAGAUGUACGGGGGAUGAGGCAGAGGGGAAGGGGAUCGGGGAAAGGAUAAGGGAGAUUUUGGACGAGGGAGGGGGAGGGGAGGGGUGGAUAAAGAGGCUGGAGGUCAGGAGGAAAGAGAAAGAGGUGGAGAGGGGGGAAGGGGGGGAUGAGGGGAGGAGUGAAUGAAGGAAUGGAAUGCAAGGGCGGAAAUGGAAGUCGACGGCGGGGAGGGCGAGCGGGGGUGGAGGAGUGGGAGAGAAGGGAGGAGGGAGAGAGGGAGAGAGCGAGUAGCGUAAGGUUAGGCUAAGAGCGUGCGGCGAAGGGAGAUGAGAGAGAGAGAGAGAGAGAGCGAGUAGCGUAGGAUUAGGAUAAGAGCGUGCGGCGAAAGGAAAUGAGAGAGAGGGGAAAAGCGGCGGGGGGAGGAUGUAAGGGCAGUGAGGAGUAGAGUAAGAGUAGAAUAAGUAGGAUAAGUAGGAUAAGUUAGGUUAAGGGAGAGAUGGAAAUGUAAGGUGGGGAGGAAGUGUAACCCUAAGGGGAAGCAGGAAAUAAAUCUACUACUAUUACUAUCAGAUCACAUUUACCAUGACUUUUAACAUCCUUUCCACAUAUUAAAAAACAUCCUACAUAUACAGUGCCGAACAAAAGUAUUGGCACAGAGCGCAUUUUCAAAUAAAAUGUUAUGUAACUGUGAACAAAGCAUAAUAUCUUCCUUAUUUUUGGUAUAAAAUAUAAGUUUGAGGUUUGAACUUUAAGUAUCUCGCGAAACAAAGCGAUUAAGUAGACCUGUAAUAAUAAAAAAUAGUACCAAACACAUACAUGGCAGUUUUUGACGAAACAAAAGUAUUGGCACACUUACUAUUUUAUAAUACAAUAUACAAAUUAAUAUUUUGUUUGUAAUCCUUUUUGUCUUAUUACACUUUGUAAUCGAUUAGGCAUCGAAUGUACUAAAUUUUUUGUUACUUCUAAAUCUAUUUCGUUUCAUUCCUUCAUAAGUGCAUCUUUUAAUUGCUCCUUUGUCUGAAUAAGGUGUUUUCGGAUCCUUCUUUCUAACUCAUUCCAUAUGUGUUCAAUCGGAUUUAAAUUCGGCGAUUGAGGAGGGGUUGGCAAUGUAUGGGGUGUAUUAAAAACGAUCCAUUGGCGGACAAUAUAAGCAGUAUGCUUGGGAUCAUGAUCUUGUUGGAAAUAGUAGUUUUCCCCAAGAUUUAAUUUUUCCACACUUUUUUUUAAGUUUAGUUUCAAAAUAUUUAAAUAUACAAAUUUAUCCAUAAUACCGUUUAUAAAAACAAGUUCUCCAAGUCCGGAGGAACUCAUACAACCAACCCCAUACUAAUACACUAACACCCUCGUGUUUAACAGUUGAGACUAUGUUAUGUGAAUCCAACUCGGUAUUACGCUUUCGCCAUAUUCUUAAUUGACCGUCAGAUUUAAAAAUAUUAAAUUUACUUUCGUCAGAGAAGAGCAUUCUAUCCCAAAAUUCUAAAUUUUUGUGUACAUACAUCUCUGCAAACUCUAAUUUGUUUUUUCGAUUAAUUUUGCUGAUCAAUGGUUUUCUUCUAGCCACUCUUGAAUUGUACCCGGCACUUUUAAGAACUCUCCGGAUAGUUAUAGGAUGCACAUUUACCUUAUUUUCACUUUUCAUUUGUGCCGCUAUUUCUGUAGAGGCAACUUUAAGAUUUUUUUUACAAUCUUGGUAAUUUUUCGUUUAUCUCGUUCUGAUAAUUUCUGUGAACGACCACUUCGCGGAAGAUUUUUUUACAUUUUGUUCGUCAGGAAACCGUUUAAUGAUAUCUCUUACGGUGAAACGACUUCUAUUUACUAUUUUAGCUAUUGUAGAAUAUGAAUUCCCCUCUUCUGAUAAUUUUAAUAUAAUUUUUCUCUCUGAAAUUGUAGUUUCUCGUGUUUUUCGAUACAUUGUUGUGUUAUUCACUUUAUUACAGGCAAACUUAGUAAGAAAUAACAAAUGAAUAUCAAAUUGAAUCUUGGGACUUUCCUGGAUAUAACGGUCAUGCUAAUAUUAUAAAGAUUUACAUAAGUGUUUCAUAGAAAUAUUAAAUUUACAAGUGUGCCAAUACUUUUGUUUCGUCGAAAACUGCCCUCUGUGUAUUUGUUACUAUUUUUCAUUAUUGCAGGUCUACUUAAACGCUUUAUUUCACGAGAUACUUAAAGUUCAAACCUCAAACUUAUAUUUUAUACCAAAAAUAAAGUAGACAUUGUGCUUUAUUCAUUGCUACAUAACAUUUUAUUUGAAAAUACGGUCUGUGCCAAUACUUUUGUUCGGCACUGUAAGUAAAUCAGAGAAAAUAUUCAGUACAGUGCAAUCAUAUGCAUAAAGGGUGUUCGAUGAUCUGAGUACUGCUAUGUUGUACUUCCUGUAUACAUUGAAGUAAAAAUAGGACAAAUCGAAAAUAACUACUACGAGAGUAAAUUUAAUUAAAAUCUAUUAUCGAUAAAUAUACUCAUCGUAAUAUCAAUAAAAUAUUAUUUAAAGAAAUCGUACAGCAAGAAUUAUUUAAAAUCUGAGUGUAUAACGAAUACAAAGUUGCAACAGUUUUUUAAAGCGAUACUAAAAAAAUACUGAAUCGAUUAAAGUCAUAUUAGACCAAAUAAUUAACGCUGGCACCCAAUAACGCUUACGACCGAUAAGCAUCGCAUAAAAGCAUUUUUGGCAUCAUGUCGCUAUGCGAUGACGAGGCGACUACUACCAUUAAUGAUUUACGUUGAGGAUAACGUAAUAUAACAAUUAAUUUAGUCCGGCAAAUUAGAUAAUCGCAUGCCAGUAACGGAAGUUUCAGUCCAUCGACUAAAGUGAUUAAUCAACUAAUGUUUCGAAUUGCCAGUUCGAUCUUCUUGGAAUUCUAAAUGCCUCGUUCACGACAUAUGGUAUAACUAUGAAUAUAACUGCAAAAAUCGCUUUCAGAAGUGGAAGAUUUAAAACGUUUUUCGUUUGAAUUUUAACAUUCAAAUGCAAUAUACAGGGUGUCUUAGUUAAAUAUCUACCUUAUUAAUUGCAUAAAGUUAUAUUAUUUAAAGGAGUACGUGUAACGGUGAAAUUAAUUUUUUCUGAAUGACGUUUUUUAAAAGAUUUCGAAGUCAUUGGUAUUUUGUAUAAUGGGACUCCACAUCUUUUUUUCGACAUAAAAUACAAAUUCAACGACCUUAAUAACCAUUUCGAUCAUUUAAUCUCGAAAUGUUUGCGUCCAAAAAAAAUUUGAAAAGAGCAAAAUUUUAUUCGAUGAAUCGAUAACCAAUAUUUAAUAUUUUAUUCGUAAUUUGUAUUUAGAUAAGUAACUCAUCUUUGAUGUGUUCUCAAUAAACACUAGGUCAAAAAAGUUACCAUA